CGCUUGUUGCUGCUAUUCCUGAUGACAACACAGUCAUCGACCUCUCUUGGUGCCAUUUUACAUCUCCUCCCCCCUGGUUCGAAGAAAAACUGAAGCAAGGAUACUUCGUCUCCCCGUCUUCGCCUCCCCCCCCUCAUCCCAUACGAACAAACACAACCACAGGCGGCCGAUAGGCAACAACCCCGAGCGACAGGCAACGUGCGUACCCACACAGCUUCCGGGGCAACCACACGCGAUACGAAGAACUACAAGGGGAACAACAACACGAAGAAGUAAUCAAGGCGAAAGCCAACCAGCCAAACACCUGUUCGAAAUGGACGACAUUCUCCCGCCACCGCCACCACCUCCAACCCCUCCACCACCGCCAGAACAACACAUCAACUACAACGACCACGCCGACAACAACAACAACAUCGACUACGACGACGACGACGACAACAGCACCAACAACUGCGACGACAACACCGACAACACCACCGACGAUAUGCAAGCGUCUGACCUGCCACCGCCGCCACCGGCGAUGAUGGACGAGGAUGCGGCGAACGAGCAGCGUGAUUCGUUGCGCGCUGUGUUCAUGGCGUACUCCAAGGCCAUUCCGUGCAGCAGCACAACCAGCGGCGACGCGCCCCAGCGGAAGCGCGUGCGCCGCCACAUGACCGGCUGGCACUUCAUCAAGGCGUGCCGCGAUGCCAAGGUGCUCAAACGGACAGGCCUGUCCCGCAUUGACUGCGACAUCGCCUUCAGCAAGUUCAAGAACUCGCACAACGCACUCACCUUCAAGCAGUUUGCAAACGCGCUCGCUGCCCUGAACGAGCGCCCAAACUGCACGUGUGAUGUCGUGCAGCGCGUCGCGUCCUUUGCGCAGUCGUUGUCGCCCUCCUCACCCUCCUCAUCCUCGUCGUCGUCGUCGCCAGAGAUGAAACAGAAGACGAAGAAGCGCCAUGGCAGCAGCAGCAGCAGCAGCAGCAGCAGCCGUCGCAGCCGCCGCCCAUCCACAGCGCCAUCCACCGCGUCCGCCCCGCGCACGACGGUUGUCUCGGACUACGACGACGAGCUGCCGCCGCUGUUCCGGCGGUUGACGGACCCUCGACUGUACACGGGCUCGCACAAGCACCGCUUUGAUGAGCAGGGUGCGGGCAAGGGCCUGUAUGGGCGGGACAGCAUUCCAAAGGGGAAAGGCAUCCCCGUGUCGACGUGUCUGGGCUUUGAAACGGCGCUUCGCACCGCCAGCGACGUGCGUGGUGUUCCCCUCGCCACCCUGACGGCGUCGUCACGCUGAACUCGGCUUGAACAUCACACCCAGGCUGCCUGUGCAGCCUUGUUUGACUGGGUGUGUGUGGGUGUGUGUGGGUGUGGGUGGGUGCGAAUGGUAUCUGUGCCUCCUUGCUUGCUUGCUUGCUUGCCUAAGCCCUUGCUUGCCAUCACCCAUCACCCACCAUUCCGUUCACUCUAUUCUGUCUACUUGUGUUCAUUCUGCUCCGCUUUUCUCUGCUCUGUGUGGACUGUAUCCUACCGAUCAUGUGUACAAACAAACAAGCCCGCCCUUUCAUGCCCUGGUUCAAAGCGCACAUGUACAUCUGUGACCACCGCUGACCUUGUCUGUAUGCAACACACCCAUUCUCUUCUUUUGUAUGCAGCACAUUCAUUCUUCUUGUGUUACAUUACAUGUGCCUCUUCUUUCUUUCUUUCUUUCUUUCUUUCUUUCUUUCUUUGCACGCUUGCAUGGUUGGGCGCGUUUACGUUCGUUGCUUCCAUAUUGUGUGCGUGCACACGGCGGCAAACCAAAGAGUACACAGUUGUUUGUAACAAUGCAACAGCAAGG